AUGGAGGGAGCUAGGGGAGUGCAAGGGCAAUUGAAGAAAGUGGACUUCUUAUUGUACCGUGCCGAGAGGUUGGAUCACCUCUGUUCUUUGAUGCCACGUGAGGCUCGUGCCGAGUUCGAGAAAUUAUAUGGACGAAUCCUCGAUUUGAUGAAGAUAUGUGUGGAUCCAGCUUUUCUAAGAGCAUUGGUUCACUUCUGGAGUCUCGAUCUGCAUUGCUUCGAGUUCCCCCAGUUUGACUUAGUUCCUACUCUCGAGGAGUACGAGCUCAUGCUACGAUGGCCCAAAUCAACAGGGGUCUACGUUUUUCAUGGUAAUUAUGUGGCCGUGGAGAGGGUCGCUACUCAAGUCAAACUACCAUCACGAUCAUCUGCCUUAGUGGGGAACGGCAGUAUCAAAGGUUGGAAGCUCGCUAUGAUUGAGGAUCACCUUUCUUCCUUAGCUGGUGAGGGAGAUUGGUUAGCUUUCAACAAGACUCUAGCGUUAGCCGUGUUUGGGACGAUCCUAUUCCCCUUUCACGCUAACACAGUGGACCAUGCUGCUAUGGACGCUUUCUUCGCUUGGGACGUGCACAUGAAGAGUCCCGUGCCUGCCAUUCUUGCCGACACCUUGCUUUCUGUCAACCUAUCUCAGCAGAAGCAAGGGAAGACUAUCCGAUGCUGCACCUCCUUGUUAUAUGUGUGGGGCAUCACACACUUCUACGCCUCUAGUCACAUGGGGACCUUGCCCGAUCCGUUGAGGAACUUUUCGAAGAUCCCCGUAAGCCGCCGUUAUGCUUCCGAAUGGAAGCAAGUGAUGGAACAGUGGAGCAUUGAGCACUUCACAUGGGUUUGCCCUUGGUUCCAUCCGAGCAAUGUAUUGAUGAGAUGCGGCAGUUAUCCAAGCAUACCAUUGAUGGGCCUCAGAGGUUGCAUAGCUUAUUCACCUAGAUUGGCUAUGAGGCAACUCACGAGGACUCAGAUUGUUCCUACUAAAGAGGAGCUUGGAGGAUUGUGUUUCUCCUUUGAUUCCGAGCAUCAAAGGGACAUGCAUGCUGUCAUUAGAGUGUGGGAGAGACCAAUCUAUGAGGGAGAUCGAGAGCUUGGAAAGCCUCGGGUAUCCGUCUCCACCGACUACGAGACGUGGAGGAGCGAGAGGGGAGUGCCCCAACCAUCCACCUCUUGCGCAACCGCAGUCUGCAAGAACAAGUCGAUGCCUUGA